GGCUCUCCAGGGACUAUGAGGAGCGAGGCUGAAGCUUUUUGAUGUGUGUGGUUUGUGUACUAGCUCUUUCACAUACUGCCCUUGAUAGAGACACGAGCAUUGUGAUUUUAUCUUCCCCUCGCUGGUCUUAGUUUUUUUGUGAGUAUUAACUUGCUCAGGAAACUCUUAUCUGACCCUGUGAUGAAGAGAGCGGGGAGUCAGAAAUCAAGCAAGUAGCUGAUGGAUUGUUUUACCUGCUUUUUAGUGUUUUUCUUGGCCAACUAAUGUUGUUGCUACUAUCUGCAGGCCAGGUCUUCUACGUGAGGCCAAUCCGAGUAGGUGACAAGCUGUGAAAUAGGCUUGUGCCCUGAACAUGUGUGUUUCUGUGCUUUUUGUCUUCCUCUUGAGCCUUCUGCAGUUCUGACCCUGAGCGGCUGAGCUUUACUUCUAGAAGCAGACAUGCCAAAGUCAAUAUUUGUCUGCUGCAGGUUCCAUAGUACUUAAAUUAAGGCUUCUGCCCAUCUGCUGAAGCAGUAGAUGUGGCUGUGUAAACAAGCCAGGAGAGACCUGAGGGCGAAUUGCUUCUGAUUGUGCUUUCUCACCAGCUCCAGGACAGGUGGAGAGGGGGCAGCAAAAUGCCCUGUAAAUCCAGGAGUCCCCAGGAGACUCCUGUAGCCUGGAGCUGUCUGUUGGACUGAUGUGGGAGGAGGCUAACCCUUGCUAACUUUACUGUUCCCUGUGCAUUUUCUCAGUGGCAGUGCUGCCAUAAACAGUUUCCCCAUUCUCACUGGUCAUGCUGGGCGGCUUUUGGAAUUACUGUUUUGGCUGCUUUUGUUGCCUCAUCUAAUUAGAAGCACAGCACUGCAAGCACUGCGCUGGCGUCCCUGAAGGGGCCGUGUCGCACUCCACAGGGGUUGGCAGCACACACCGGGGAGAGGAAACACUAUCAGAUACAAACUGUGUCAGCUAUACAAAGUCUAGAUUCAUAAAGCUGAGCCAAGCAUUUUGGUGCCUUGCAGAGUGACCUUUGCUGUCUUGGGCUCUCUGGAAAGUUCCUGAUAAGAGUUGGGCAUCUGAAUGACAUUCAAAACCAGCCUUUUCUCUUAAAAUGAGUGCAGAGUCACCACUUCCUUUUUAAAUGCAACCAGAGCCAUCAGAGCAAGGCAUUUGCUGUCUCAGGAACACUGUGUUGGUUCCCUGUCGAACCUGAUGGCUUCAAAUCCACAUCUCCCAGAUCCCUGGGGGGUGUCCUUGCUUUUAGACCAUUUGCUUUUCUGAAAUGUCUGGGGUCUCCUGGCUUGCAGCACGAAGUGACUUCCUAAAGCCUGGUCUCUGGUGAUCGCCCUCACCAGAAGGGUAAGCUCGAACCACUUUCAGAUGUGUGUUGUUCCUAGGUCUUCUCAUUCCACUUGUGCUCUGAUCAUUAAAUCACUGUCUUACGAGGCAGUGUUGGCAAGUUCUUGCCGUUGCUGUUACAUUUGAGUUCUGCCCCUUGAUUUGCUUUUGGCAAAGUACCUUUAACAGGUCUGUGUAGAAGCUCUCAGCCUCGCUACAGUCAUCAUAUUGGAAUGAAAAUAUAAAAGCAGUGAAGAAAAUAUCCUAGAGCAAGACUUGGGAAGCUGGUGAACUUUUCUGGAUGGAAAGCUUAGGAUGCUGGGCUCUUCUGGGCUUGGCUGGAACAUCUCCAGAUGGCAUGAGAAGAGCUGGUGUCCAGUGAAUCUGGUCCUAGGGAACUUGCCUCAGGUCACCAGCAGACGUACUGAUGCCUCCCACCACUCUGCAAGACACUGGCACUGAAGCACAUGAACUAAAUAAUCGUCUUUUAAAGUUGGGAAGGUCUGCAGGGAACCAGGAGCCAACAAAUCAUCUCAACCCCUAAAUGAGGCAUUAAGUCUGAUCUGUUGCUAUCUGUCUGAAACUUCAUCAGGGAACACUCCCAAUAGAAAUGGCAGAAAAGGUGAAUAACUUCCCACCGCUCCCCAAGUUUAUCCCUCUGAAACCAUGUUUCUACCAGAACUUUGCUGAUGAAAUUCCCAUUGAUUAUCAGUCUCUGGUGAGGAGGAUCUACCACGUAUGGAUCUUUUACUGCAUCACACUAGUAGUGAAUAUAAUUGCAUGCCUGGCAUGGUGGAUUGGAGGAGGCUAUGGGGUCAAUUUUGGUUUGGCAAUCCUCUGGCUUAUCCUCUUCAGUCCCUGCGGCUACGUCUGCUGGUUCCGACCUGCGUACAAAGCCUUUCGGUCGGACAGCUCGUUUAAUUUUAUGGCCUUUUUCUUCAUCUUUGGUGCACAGUUUAUUCUCACAGUCCUGCAGGCGAUUGGUUUCUCCGGAUGGGGAGCUUGCGGGUGGUUGGCAGCCAUUACUUUCUUUAGCACCAAUGUUGCAGCUGCUGUGUUCAUGCUGUUUCCUGCCAUUAUGUUUACGAUGUCAGCGGUUGCGAUGCUUAUCUGCAUUUUAAGGGUACAUAAAAUCUACCGAGGGGCUGGUGGAAGCUUUCAGAAAGCUCAGGAUGAGUGGAACAGUGGCGCAUGGAGGAACCCCCCCAGCAGGGAGGCCCAGUACAGCAAUUUUUCUGGGAACAGCCUGCCAGAGUAUCCCACAGUGCCCAACUAUCCCCCGGGAAACCAAUGGCCUUAAGCAGCAACAGCUGCAAACUGCCUGGAUUCUCUUCUUUUUGGUCUUUUUAUUAUUGUUAUUUGAAAAGAUCAUUUGCAUUCCCCCCCAAGCACCCCAGUCAUCUUGGGGACUUUUUUGUUUUUUUUUUUUUGUCUCCUCAUCACUGCAGAAGAUAUGUGCUAUCAGCCUUUGCCACUGCUGGAGCUCUGCACGACCUUAUCAGAAAGUUUUUUGUUUGUGUUGAGUUACCAGUAUUUGCCUUGUUGCAGACUGAGGAACCAACCGUUCGCUGCCCUUGCUGGAGGGAAUCCUCUCCUGACCGUAGAAAAAGGCUUGACUUCCCCACAACGGCGAACACUACGACAACUGCUCCUUCUCCUGCCUCCCUGCUUAGUUUUCCUCACGUGCACAGCACACUGCCAAGUCGUCUGCAACAAACGCAGUCAGAGCAUUAGUAGCAACUGGUGUUUACUCUCCUGGAUGAAUAAUAUGGAAUUUUUCACUCUAAGGGAAAUGCAACACCUAAAUUAUUUGGUACUAGUGAUAUCGAAGGUAUUUGUAAAAUCUACAACCUCAUUUGCUUCUGCUCUCUGGUGAAGAAUCUUUUCGAUAACGGUGCUUGCUGUGGGUGAGUGUUGUUGAGAUGUGAAGUCCACAAGAGUCCUCAUUUGCCUGGCUAGGACUAUUGUUAUGCUAGAAGUCUUGCUUUCCCUGCUGCCAAAAGUUUUUUGUGGAUCUGUGUGCUUCAAAGGUGCAGAUUCAUUUCAUUUGAUUAAUGAUUUCUCACUAAAAGCCUGGUUCAAAGCCCACUGGCAACUAUGGAAAAGCUGGCUGACAUAGAGCUUUGGACCUGGCUACCUGGGUGAUAUUCACCCUGUUACAGGUAAUCAGCACAAGAUCUUUAUGCCAUCUAAAUUACACUUGCGUGGCAUCCAGGUUUUGUGCUGACCCAAGAAAUGCCCCAUGGGACACACCUUGCCCUGUUGGGACACCCUUUUUUCUGGGCUCCCAACCAGCAGCCAGAUGCAAGAUAACUAUCAAUCUCAGUGCUGGGGCCCCAGUGUGUUUUGGGAGUAAUUCCAUUACAAUUAAUAGUUUUAGUUGUCUUCUAGCAAUGUAGACGAACUCCAAACAUGAUGCAGUGUGGUCUGGUAGAUCAAGGAAAGCUUGUUAGUCCUUGUAACUGAUAUUAGCUGUGCAGACCUGGUCUACGUCUGUGUAGCCAGCAGCACUUUCUUUCCAUGUACAAGCAGGAAGAGAGAGAUUUGUGCCUUUCUCCAAGAAUCAGCUAAAGAGAGGAUAAAGCUGCUGGGAGGGAUUGUUUUCCCUGAGAGCUAGCACCCGUCUCGUCAUUCAUCUCCAUUCUGUGCAUGCACAUCAGGACUCCUGUAGCCUGAGCCAUCCAAUUCCCCUGUGUCCUACAGCAAUCCAGGCAGCAAAGGCUGCAGGUUUUUCUUCUCCCUCAACAGCCCGCUGUGAAUUGUUUCAAACCUGUCAAAAACUGGGAGGUCAGUUCCCAAUAUUUUUAUAGGGAGUGAGUGUUCAAAUGCUUUGGCUCUGAAAGUUGCGGCCAGUGAUCCUGUGAAGGACCGUGUGCUCCACCGCAGAGAUCUGUGAGGAGUUGAGCACCCUGUGGGUCAGACCCAGAGCCUGCCCGGCUUCGCAGGCUGAUGGAUGGGAUGCCAGAGAUGUUGUGGUGUAAGUGGAGUCACUCCAAAUUCACACUGGGUCACUGGAAAAGAAAAUUGGCUCCUGGAAAGGGACAGGGAGAUUGUCCUAGCUAGGUGGAAUUGAUUUGCAACUGAUCUUUUGAAAACUGUCUCUACAUGUGCCUUAUCUAAUAAAAUAAUAGCCCACGAAGGAGAACUCUUCCUUCCCCAUCAUCCCUGCAGAACUUCCCAUUUGCUCUAUUAACUUUUCCUGUGUCAUAGUGUAAAUACUAAGUGAAGUACAGCUUGGAGUCUGCAUGACACCUUUGUUACUAGGGCCAAAGCGAAAGCAAACACGAAUCAGAGGGCAGAGCCUCCCUGAAUUUCUGUUUACAAGCAGCACUGAUGCCCUGCUGCAGAACCGGCCUUUUGCUGGGUCUGGGAUAUUUAAUGUGCUCCGAACACGAAGGGUUUGGUGAUUUGUUUUUUUUUUGGUUUGGUUUUUUUUUUUUUUUUGCAAGUGUGCAAUGUGCUUGUAAGUACGAACGCUUGAAGCCUUCUUAACAGAACACAACCUGAUUAUGUUGUCAAGCUUUUAGGUGCCUUUGUCUUGUGUCAAGUGUAAUUGUAGAUGUUCUUCGUCGCUUGCCAUCAGAGAGUGAUAAAAGAACUGCCUGUCGAUUAACUCCCUGGAAAUACGAUUGCACUACAGGGGAGCGAGGGGAGGUUAACGGGGCUGAACGCGAGAUUGGCCAUACUUGGAAGCCAGAACACGGUGCGCCCGUGUACCACGCUUCCUCCAGCCCUGCCCCUUGCCAUCCACGGCCUCCUGCCAAAAUUUUUCAAAAGCGAUUGUUGUCUGUCCUUUUUAGCAUGUCAGGUUUCAAAGGAACCAAGCGGAGAAGCAUUGAUGAGGACUCUUAUGUCUUGCUUCUCAUUUCUUUUUUUUUUUUUUUUUUUUUUCCCCCCCCUUGGAUAAUCUGGGAGGCUCUUUUGAAGCACCCACCUUCAGUCAUGUUGAAAAUGCUUGAUGGAAGGUGAGGGGGUACUUCGGAGCCUGCCCACCAAAAUGGUUGGAGCCAGACACCAAAAUCACACCCCAUUAGCGUACACUGCCUGCGAUCUCUUCAGAGCUUAAAUGAACUUCUCGACGGGAUCUGCCAUCUCCCAUCUCCCCUCCAUCCUCUUCGAUGCCAGGAAACCGUAAUUCCAGAAAGUUGACUCAACACGCUGCCUGAACUACCGUGGCUUAUUUUUUUGGACUCUGUAUGUUUUUAAAUGUUUACAUUAGAUUUCUAAGACUUCUUAACACCAUUAACCUGGACCUGGCUCCUGGUUUCGUUCGGCAUCACGUGGCGUGUACGUGUGUGAUGUUUCAUGUCACUUGUGGAGCUCUGGUUUUUGUUUGUGUUUUUCUCCUGAUCACAAGACAAUAAAUGCUCAUCCUGUGCUUGAUGAGAAGAACUGGC